AUGGCGACCAGCACUCGCCCGCCCGAGAAGUCGCCCUCCCCGUCCCGCCCUGAAGAGGUGCCGGGAGAGGCCCCUUCCAUGGCAACAUCCGCCCUCGAGACGACUGCCUCUCUCCUGCAGUCCUUCCGCCCACUAAAGUCCUUCUGCCAGCACGUGAGCACGUGGGCGCACUACGCGCAGAGCCCUGGGCGCAUGAUCGAGACGCACCACCUCGUGGUGCGACUCACAGAGGACGUUCUUCAGUGCAUCGUGUUUGACUCUGACCAGCCCAACGCUCGCAUCGUUGGUGUGGAGUACAUCGUAACCGAGGCGGUGUUCAAGAAGCUUCCGGAGGAGGAGAAGCACCUGUGGCACUCGCACUACUAUGAGAUCUGUGACGGCCUGUGGGUGAACCCGGGGGUGCCAGAGACCAUGCAGCAGCAGGAGCUGAAGAAACUCAUAAAGACGUACGGCAAAUUCUGGAAUACCUGGCAAUUUGACAGGGGGGACCCUCUCCCCCUCGGCCCCCCUGCCCUCAUGCUCUCCCCCCAAGAUCACCCCUUGGGUCGUGUUUCUCGUGCUCUGGUGGAGCAGAGGGAUGCGGCGUUGUGGAUAGAGACGGGGGAGAAGCGGGAGCAGCGGGCGGCGCUAGUGGACAAAGAGUGGGCGGCGACGGGGAAGGACCGGGCGGCGGACUGGUGGAUGGAGAGUGGCAAGGGGUGGGUGACUGAGAUGAGGGCAGUUGAGCUGGAGAGCAUGGGGAUGGGGAAGGGGGGGCAGGAGACAGGGGGUGUGCCGUCUGUGGUUAUGGGGGGAGGGGGAGGGGUGGAGGGGAAGAAGGAAGGGGAGAAAAUGGGGAAGGAGCGUGGCAUGGGGGUGGGGGAGGAGACGGGUUUGGCUGGGCGUCCGGCCCAGUCCUCUGUGAUUACUCUUGAGUGA